GAAGGAAAAUCCUGUGGAAAAAAGGAAUUCCAAUCGGCGUCUUCCUUCCUUCCCGGACUAACAACGAGUUGCCGCCGACCACGUUUCCACCGCCGCAGGUGUAAUUUUCUUACAAUGGAUCGUGUAUCUCAAUGGUACCCGGAUUUUAUGGUUGAGCCUGGUUUCGUUGCAAAGCUGCGGUAUGAGGAAGCAGCUUCUAUGUCUGAAUUUACGGAAUCACUCGGUCUUAUAUUGUUGCAAGAGAAUGGUGACGUUGAGGGCACUUCUUACCUCUUCUCUGGA